CGUUAGAUUUUACUUUCAAUAAAAUUGAAGGAAACGUAUUAAUCACGCCUUCAUACAAUUUUACUGUCCAUGGCAAUCCACGUUUAACGUCUGAGCAAAAUGGAAAAGCAAUAAUUCUCGAACUCCUGAGAGAUGGCCAGUAUGUAGAACUGCCAAAUUACGGACUAGAAUGUAUCCAAGAUAUGACGAAAUGUGAUCAUGGGUUUACACUGAGUGCUGAGAUCAAACUUAAGGACAUGAAUUCCACCGACAAGCGAUACAUACUCUCCAGCGGAGGGGAUCAAGUUGGAGCAAGCGGCCUGGCUGUCUACCUCUGGCACGGUGACCUUAUUUGUUCUACAAAGAAAGAUAAUGUUUUAUGGAGUACUAGACAUAAACUGGAUGUUAAUGCUGGAGAAUGGCACGUUUACCAAGUUUCUUGGAACAAAAAAGACGGGUUUAUAGUUUACUUAGAUGGAAAAGUAUUCAUGUCUCAUUCAAUCCAAUUACCAAACCCCGCUCAGCCUACAGUAUAUCCCCUGUAUAUAGCAAAUGCCCCAAACAGCACAUACUCUUCCACACAAAUGGAUGUUAGGAAUCUGUUCACGUGGUCUGCAUCACGUGACUCUCUCAUCGGACAAGGAUGUAUAACCGAGUACAGCACUGUUCCUCAGUCAUCAAGCACACACUUCUCCAAAAUCUUUGUUACAAUAUCAACAACUCCAACAACAACACCAGUGCAAUCAACAACGAGUGAUACAACGAAUUGGACAACGUUAUUGAUGAUGUCUUCAAAUAAGCCCUUGGUAUUGAUUUCUACAGACAUAAUAAAAAACACCAGUAAGUCUUAUUUAAAAGUGUAUCUUAAAGAUUUAUAAGCAUUAGAUACGACAACCAUUUAAAAAAAAAUAAAGUUUUUUAAUUUUUCAUUCUUACUUUUCCUGAAUGUUUUUUUAGCUCACCUGAGCCGAAGGCUCAAGUGAGCUUUUCUGAUCAAAAUUUGUCCGUUGUCUGUCGUCGUUGUAGUCGUUGUAGUCGUUGUUGUCGUCGUUGUCGUAAACUUUUCACAUUUUCAUCUUCUUCUCAAGAACCACUGGGCCAAUUUCAACCAAACUUGCUACAAAGUAUCCUUGGGUAAAGGGAAUUCAAGUUUGUUCAAAUGAAGGGCCACGCCCUUUUCCAAGGGGAGAUAAUCAUGAUUAAGAGAAAAAUUAUUGGCAUUUUUAAAAAAUCUUCUUCUCAAGAACCACUGGGCCAGGAAAGAUGAAACUCAUGUGGAAUCAUCCUCAGGUAGUGUAGAUUCAAGUUUGUUCAAGUCAUGACCCCCGGGGGUAGGGCGGGGCCAAAAUUGCCGAUCAAAGUUUGACAUAGGAAU